AUGUCUCCUCUGCCAGAGAUCCUCUUUGACGUCGCUCGCAAUCCCUUCCUCGCGGUUGGAUUGCCCAUUGGCCUCGGCGCGAUCAGCGGUAUUAUCACCGGCCAGAAUGCAAGGAGCAGCUGGUUCACAACCAUGCAGGCCCCCCCCGGGAACCCCCCUCGUCAGGCCUUCGGUCCGGUGUGGACCAUCUUGUACGGAUUGAUGGGCUACGCCUCCCACAUGACGGUCAAGGCCAUGGACAGCGCGGCUACUCCCGGCGGGACUCACCAAGCCGACACUGCGCUGCAGCUCUACUAUGCGCAGCUUGCGCUCAACCUCUUGUGGACCCCGCUGUUCUUUGGAGCGAAACAGAAGGAGCUCGCCUUGGGAAAUAUUGUUGCCCUGACGUCGACCGUCGUGGCGAUGACUGUCAAGAUGCACAGUCUCAACACGGACUUUAGCACUACCUGGUUCCUUGCGCCGUACUGCGCGUGGUUGGGUUAUGCGACUUAUUUGAAUGGAGGCUAUGUCUUUUUGAACAACGACAAGCUCAAGCGCGCCUAG